GCCCCGCACACAAAAAGCCCCCUGAAGCCAUCAACGGUUUAUCUCUUGAAGCAGACGACGAAGAAGAAGAAGAAGAUGGCGAUCGUCAUCCGCUGCUCUUGCUUCUUCACUCGGCCAAUCUCGCCGCAAUCUCCGCUUUCCGAUCUGUCCUCCGUCAGAAACCGCAUCUCCGGGAAACCAGCAUCUCUUCCUGCUAAAUUCAAGAAGUUCGGGCAUGCUUCCUGUGAACCAUUUGAGAUUCAUUAUCCAGUACAAAACAGGAAAUCGAUUUACACCACCAUCAUGCAACAUUUACCAGCUCAUCAGGAAAGAUUACAUUUCAAGUUCCCUGCUGCGGCUCUCCUCAUCACUAAUGGCCUCAUGUUGACAGCACCUUUUCAGGCUUUGGCUGAAACCUGUGAGGCUGAGAAUUCCUUGCUCAAUAUGCCUUCGCUGCUUUUUGUAGCCCUUGUUGGAGCCACUGUUGGAGGGUUACUUGCACGACAAAGGAGAGGUGAACUCGCUCGGCUUAAUGAGCAGCUGCGCCAGAUCAAUGCAGCUUUAAGAAGACAAGCUAAGAUUGAAUCUUAUGCCCCAAGCUUGAGUUAUGCUCCCGUGGGUACUCGAAUUGCAGAAAGUGAAGUUAUCGUUGAUCCAAGGAAGGAAGAGUUAAUUUCUCGACUAAAAUCUGGGAAGAACUUUUUGAGGAAUCAAGAACCAGAGAAAGCAUUGAGGGAAUUCAAGGCAGGUUUGGAGCUAGCACAGAUUCUGGAGGAUCCUAUCGAGGAGAAAAAGGCUGCUAGAGGCUCGGGAGCCUCGCUUCAGAGGCAGGGCAAGUUUCGUGAAGCCAUUCAAUACCAUGCAAUGGUUCUGCAGAUUUCUGAGAGAAUAGGGGAGGAUUCAGGAAAUACAGAAGCUUACGGAGCAAUUGCUGAUUGUUACACUGAGCUGGGCGACCUAGAGCGAGCAGCGAAAUUUUAUGACAAGUAUAUUGCAAGGUUGGAAUCAGACUAAUAAAGGCAGCUUGCUUGAUUGGUAAAGUAGUAAAAUCAUAGUUUAGUAGAGGUUAUCAAUAGCUCGCGGCUAAGAGGCACCGACUUGUCUUGCGGAUCAAUCAAGUUUUGCAUCUGUACACAUGUAGCAAAGCAGGUUCAGUUUUCUUUCAUGUUGUGUACAUCUUGAUUUCAUUUUUUCCAUUAGAUCUAUGUUUUGUAACAUCGAAAUGUUGGCUGAUCGCACCUUUACUUUGUAAGAACUUCUGAGAGGUGUAUAAUUCAAAUGUAAGUUGGCUCU